AUGACCGGUUUGGGUGAAAAAGUUUCAACAAAGACAACACCUUCCACGUCCAGUUCAUGGAGUCUAAGCUCUCUCUUUAAUGGAAUAACGGAGUACCGAAAGAAACUUAACUUGCCCAAUCCGGGCACUUUUGAGGGUCUACAUCGAGAGGUGAAAGCCACAUUCCUUACAAACUACUUGUUCGAUGGUGGGAGGGCCGAUCUCACCAAAGUCCUAUCACAAAAUCUUCAAGUCACACACUCAUUUUCCAUGGGUUCAACGCUAGCUGCACCAAUGUACAACUUUGGGGCUGCUUACAUUGGAGAAAAGGCCUUUCUCCACGGUACCAUUGACACGGAUGGAACCUUAACUGCACGCACGAAUUAUGCAUGGAAUGCAAAGAACGUGACCAAAAUUCAAGCCCAUAUAUCACCAUCUCCAGGGCAUUCAAUGCUUCAACUGGAACAAGACUACCAAGGAUCCGAUUAUUCCAUUAAUUGCAAAACCAUUAAUCCUUGGCCAGUUGAGAACACCGGUAUCUUUUUUUUAAGUUAUAUCCAAUCUGUGACGCAAAAACUCGCUUUGGGCGUUGAAACCGUAUACCAGAGACCAACAUCAGACAUCGAGGAAUGUAGCAAAUCCUUGGUUGCGAAAUAUAGCGGAGAAAAUUAUAUUGCAACAGUCCAGUGGCAAGAAAUUGGUGCGUUACAAGCAUCAUAUUAUCAGAAGCUAAACGAAAAAGUGGAUUUUGGAACCGAGCUUCAAAUCUACGCUGCCGCAGGACGAAGAGAAGCUUUAUGCACUGUAGGUGGUAAAUUCGAUUUCAGGGCGGCAACGUUUAGGGGACAGGUGGACACCUCGGGUCGCGUGUCUGUGGUGAUAGAACAGAAAAUAACUCCCGGAUUUAGUUUUCUCAUCACGGGUGAUAUUGAACACAUGAAGGGCACAUCACGGUUUGGCGUAGGCAUUCAGUUGGAAGCAUAA